CGGGGAUUUGGGGACCCUCUGGGGCUCUGGGAUCCCCUCAGAUUUUGGGAUCCCCGCCGGGAUUUUUGGGAUUUCCUCGGAUCCUUUUUGGGAUCCUCCUUUGGGUUUUCGGGUUCCCGUGGAUUUUUUGGGUUCCCGUGGAUUUUUUGGGCUCCCCGUGGAGAUUCUGAGGCCCCUCCCGGAGCGUUUUGGGGACCCUCGGGGGUUUUUUUGGUUUUUUGGGGAUCCCCCCCGGAGUUUUUGGAACUCUCUGCGAUAUUUUGGGGUCCCACCAAAAACUUUUGGAACGCCCGGAUUUUGGGAUCGCUGCCUGCAUCUUCUGACCCCGUCGAAUUUUUGGGACCACUCCCUGGAUUUUUGUGACUUCCUCGGAUUUUCGGGACCUCCCAGAUUUUUGGGACCCCGCUCUGGAUUUGGGACCCCCCCUGUGGAUUUUGGAUCUCCCCGGAUUUUUGGGAUCCCUGACUGGAUUUUGGGACCUCUCGGAUUUUGGGAUCCCCCUCUGGAUUUUGGGGACCCCCCCGGAUUUUGGGGACCCCCCCGGAUUUGGGGACCCCCCGCCAUGGGGCUGUGGCUGUUGUGGCUCUGGGUCCCCCUGGGGCUGGCGGAGGAGGAGACGCUGCUGGACACGCGGCUGGAGACGAGCGACCUGCGCUGGACGGUGCACCCGCCUGGGGAGGGACAGUGGGAGGAGCUGAGCGCGCUGGACGCGGAGCUGGGCGGGGCCGUUCGCACCUUCGAGGUGUGCUCGGGCCCCGCCCACGGCCCCGCCCAGAACAGCUGGCUCCGGUCGCGCUGGGUGCCCCGCGGCGCCGCCACCACCGUGAUGGCGGAGAUCCGGUUCACCGUCAUGGCCUGCGACAGCCUCGCGGCGCCGCCCCGCACCUGCAAGGAGACCUUCUCGGUGUUCUACCACGAGUCGGACGCCGACACGGCGGCCGCCACGUCGCCGCCGUGGAUGGAGAACCCGUACGUCAAGGUGGACACGGUGGCGGCCGAGCACCUGGCGCGCCGGCGGGCCGCGGGCCGCGUGAACCGCAAGGUGCUGCGGCUGGGCCCGCUGAGCCGCGCCGGCUUCUACGUGGCCUUCCAGGACCUGGGCGCGUGCAUGGCGCUGCUCGGUGCGCCUCUUCUUCCGCCGCUGCCCGCGGCCGCCGCGCGCCUCGCGCGCUUCCCCGCCACCGUGCCCGCCGAGCUCGUGGCGCCCCGUGGCCGGCGAGUGCGUGCCGGCGCCGUGCCCGCCGCCCGCGGCGCGCCGCUGAUGUACUGCCGGGAGGACGGGCGCUGGGCCGAGCCGCCUGCCCUGGGAUGUGUCUGUGCGGUGGGGAUGGAGCCGAGUGAAGGGACGGGGUGCCGGCCGUGUCCCCCCGAGACGUUCAAGGCGGAGCCGGGCGGGGGUCGCUGCCGGCCCUGCCCCCCCCAGAGCGAAGCCCCCUCCCCCGGGGCCGCCGGCUGCCGCUGCCGCCCCGGCUUCUACCGGGCCGCGGGCGAGGGAGCGCCGGAGCCCUGCUCCGCUACGCGGGGGCUGCGCGCGCCCGCGGUCAGCGCGGCCGGGCUGCGGCCCGGGGUCACCUACAGCUUCCGGGUCAGCGCGCGCAGCGGCGUCAGCGCGCCGCCGGGGUCACCGGGGUCAGCGCCCCCCGAGCCCCCCGCGGCCGAGAUCAACGUCACCGCCGGGGCUGACGUGCCGCCGCCCGUGCGGGACGUGGUGCGCGUGGGGGGCGGGGCCGGGGGCGUCACCCUGGCCUGGCCCCGCCCCCCGCCGGGCCCCCCCGGCCCCCCCGUGCUCGACUGGGAGGUGAAGGUGUACGAGAAGGUGGGGGGCGGGGAGGGGCCCCCCCAGUUCGUGACGGUGCCGCGGCCGCGGGCGGAGCUGGGGGGGCUGCGCCGGGGGGGGCUCUACGGGGUGCGGGUCCGAGCGCGCUCCGAGGGCGGCUACGGCGACUUCGGGCCCGAGACCGUGGUCAGCGCCUCGGGCAGCGAGGGCGCCCGGGGGGGGCCCGGGGGGGUCGUGGCCGGAGCCGCCGCCCUGGGGGGGCUCCUGGUGCUGGCGCUGCUGGGGGGGGCCCUGCUGGGGCUCAGGCGUUGGCGGCUCCGGGCGGAGAAACAGCGACGAGACCCCAACCCCGGGGGGGCUGGUGGGAAGCUCUACAUCGACCCCCUGACCUACGAGGACCCCGAGGUGGCCCUGAGGGACUUCGCGCAGGAGAUCGACGUCACCUGCGUCACCAUCGAGGAGGUCAUCGGCGCAGGUGAGUUCGGGGAGGUGUGGCGCGGGCGGCUGUGCCUGCCGGGCCAGCCCGAGGCCGAGGUGGCCGUGAAGACGCUCAAGGGCGGCGCGGGCGAGCGGCAGCGCCGGGAGUUCCUGCGCGAGGCGGCGCGCAUGGCGCAGUUCCUGCACCCCAACGUGCUGCGGCUGCGCGGCGUCGUCAGCGCGCGGAGCCCGGCCAUGAUCGUCACCGAGUUCCUCAUGCACGGCGCGCUGGACGCCUUCCUCAGGGGCCGGGAGGGGACGCUGUCCCCGCUGCAGCUGGUGGCCAUGCUGCGCGGCAUCGCGGCCGGGAUGCGCUACCUGGCCGAGGCCGGCUUCGUGCACCGCGACCUGGCCGCCAGGAACAUCCUGGUGGACGCGCACCUGGUCUGCAAGGUGUCCGACUUUGGGCUGUCGCGGGCGCUGGACGGGGACAGGGACAGCGACCCCACCUACACCAGCUCCCUGGGCGGGAAGAUCCCGAUCCGCUGGACGGCGCCCGAGGCCAUCGCGUUCCGCACGUUCACCUCGGCCAGCGACGCCUGGAGCUACGGGAUCGUCAUGUGGGAGGUGCUGAGCUUCGGGGAGCGGCCCUACUGGGACAUGUCCAACCAGGACGUGAUCAACGCCAUCGAGCAGGAUUACCGGCUCUCCGGCACCCGCAGCGCCUGCCCGGGGGUCCCCAGGUCACGGCUCUGA